GUCAUGUGAUCAGCUGUGUCCAAUCACAGCUGAUCACAUGGGACAUGUACACAGAUCAUCAGGGCACUGAUGAUCAGUGUGCCCUGAUGAUCUGUGUAGCCCCAGCAGUGCCACCUGCCAGUGCCCAUCAGUGCCACAUUUCAGUGCCAGUCAGUGCCGCCUAUCAGUGCGCAUCAGUGCCGCCUAUCAGUGCCACCUAACCGUGACAGUCAGUGCCACCUAUCAGUGCCAUAUAUGAGUACUGCCUUUCAAUGCCCAUCAGUGCCACCUACCAGUGCCUCCUCAUCAGUGCCACCUAUCAGUGUCCAUCAGUG